AGCUACCAGCACGUAGUCAACAUGGUGUCAACCAUAAUAUUAAAUUGCUCUUUUAACUAGUUAAAUUAUAACGACAACAUCAGCUGAGGUUUGGCAUCCUAUUUCAUGAUUUUAGCAGUAAUGUCAAUAUAUUUCAAGUCAACCAUGUUUUUUUUAAUAUUUCGACAAAAAAGAAAACACUCUAAAAAGACAAAUAACAUCCAAGCUUCUAUAUUCUAUGGCCAAAAAAAAAAUGUGUAACGGAACAAACGGAAGUUAGACUGGCUUGGAAAUGCAUAAACAUCCUACUUUAUUUAUUAUUACCGGAGGCUAAAAUUGGGUCAGUUGAAAAGAAAGAAAAAAAAACAAACUUAAAUCUUUAAAAUCUUAGCCUUCGUGGUUAAAAGACCUUUACAGCUGUUUGAACUGGGUUUUAGAGAUUUGUCAUAGGUAUGGUGUUUUCCCCUUCGUGGGAACUGCAUAUUUCGCAUCAAUGGCAACGAACAGUUUUCCACACACAACAGUUUUAGGGUUCAACAAUUCAAAAAAAGCUUCUUAAUGAAUUGUCAGAGAAGGAGCACAAAAAAUGUUUAUUGGACUCCCGCGUUCUCUAAAGUGAGUUCAAUUGAAACAUCAGUCUAUCACAACUAUUAAAUUUUGCUAACAACAACAGAAACACAGGGGACCUUCAAUCAGUCAAGCUGCCGACAAGCAGCAGAAGACCCCGCUUCGGUGACUCACUGACACAGUAACAGCUUUUGACAAAACAUCGCCACUGCGAUUUGAUAAAUGCAGCGGACCCAUCAGCUAGUGUUGCCAAGACAAGCUAUAUCUACUAGAAAUAAGCAUCCAGGAUAGAACAAUCAGUAAGGCAAUAUGUCAAACGCCACCAGUCAGCUGACCAUGGCCAGGACAAAGUGUUACCUCAAGUCAUACUCGACAGCCUUUCUGGACAAGUACCUACUUGCCAGUCACGCCAUCGUGUCUCCCAUCAACUCCCUGGCAUUUCUCGUAUCCACUAUACUCAACAGUCUCAUCCUGAUUACCGUGAUGAGGCGCUCGAGGCUUCGGACUCCAUCCACUCUUCUUAUGAUGGUGAUAGUAGUCAAGGACCUCCUCAUUGUCUCCAUCCUUCAGCCUGUGGCCGUAUACCGGUCAUCCCUCUUCAUCUUAUACAACAACUUCUGCUACAAGUUCGCCGUGGAUGACAUAAGACCGUUUCUGAUCUUCCUUUACCGCUGUGUGUCCUUGACUGCCUGGGUCUUCAUAUCUGGUGACCGUUGGUUGGCGAUCCGGCGCCCAAACUCGUACCGUAGAUUACUGACCAAGAAGCGCGUCUUCACGUGCGCGCUGGUAAUCUGGGUGUUCAGCAUCGUGCUAAGUUAUCUGGCUUCCUGGAUUAUGAACACCACCGAGAGGUACCUUCUGGUGUUUGCUCAGUUCGGCCUGACAUGUAUAAUCAUCGCUGUUCUUCAAAUCUGCGUCUACCGCAGCAUCAAGGCGCAUGGUAACAACAUAAGUAACAUGUCGUCUACACAGGUAACCCAGGAAGCAAUUGAACAUCGUGUAGCGGCGACCGUGGCGUACUCCCUAGUGGCACUAGCCAUCUGCUAUAUACCGAUCAUCGUGGUAUCCAUUUUAAGGUCCUUAGGAAAUAACUACUUCCUGUUAACGGCAAUAUGGAUGGAGAUGCUUCUUUUGUGUAAUGCCGCAGUUAACCCUGUCAUCCUGUUGAAGACGAACCUUUCUCUUCGCCGCGAGGCCAAGAAUCUCUUUAUAUGUUGUUGGCAUCAAAACGCCACUGUACCCCAACCCCUGAGCAAUGCGGGAGGUACAUCUGCCUUUAACAUUACAAUCGGCCAUGCUUAACAGUGAGUAGAGGCGGGUCUAGGUUUUUGGUAGGGGGAGGGGUGUUUCUACAUUCCCCCCCAAUAAAUCCGGUUUCUGAUUAAAAUUUGACCACCCCGAAAGAACAAAAAGGGUUUUUUUUGUGCCAUUGCAGUAUCUCCACAUCAAGUUCAUUUUUAGAUUUGGCUACAAAAAAGUUUAACAUACUGACUUAUGACAUACCAGGGCGAUUAAGAAUUCCUUUUUCAUCUAAUUCGCUUAUACUUAAUAGUUUUCCUAUUUUUUUUAAAAUGUAAAAUGAAAGUGGACUUUCGGACCAUACCACCGAAAAACAAAAUAUUACUCUUCAUCUACCAAAUUCAAUAAAAAUAUACUUUGGUAUGUUGUUAGAACAUAGCAGGUGACACAGACUUUCUAUGGUGGGUCACAAUAGUCCCUGGGACCUGAGACCUAUGGCCACAACAUGUUGUAUAUUUUUAGUACCACAUGCAUCAAUUGUUCCAAAUAGUACAUCUCUACUUUGACAUUAUUUCAUAUAAUUGGUGUUGUAUUUACAAAUAAUUUAUAUGUUUUAAUUUCCGUUUAAAAUGUAAAAAUCUUUAAAAUUUCUUUGAAGCAUUUCUUGAUAUAAAUUGUUUGUAGUAUCUAUAAUGAUAUGUGGAAAGGUCUUCAUGCUUUAAGGAUCCGGAUUUCUUCUUUUAGGUAGGGACUCAUGAAUGCUUCCCAAGACCACUGGGUUACCAAGCACAGAUGGUCUACACACAUCUGGUUAUAAGGGUGCGGUUGUGCUGUGCUGCGUCCUUGAUCUUCGUUUUGGUUUGUAAAUGAAUACUGCCAAAGCCACAAGCAGGACCAGAAGAGUAGCACUUAUACCAACAGUCAGUCCUGUAUUAUAUAAUUAUGUUAUAAAAGACAUUAAUAGUAGCACUAUCAGCCAGGUAUUAUGAGAUCAUGACAUAGAUAGUGACUUUACAUGAAACAUCAGCCCUGUUAUAUAAGGGAAAGAUCAGUAUUUAUCGGGGAAGGUGGGGGAGGGCUGCUAAGUUGAAAUUUUUUUCUGGUUCAAAAAUUUCGACCCUCCCCCCUUCAAAAGCACAAAAAUGGUGACCCUCCCCCAAAAAGGCAACCAAAAAUAAAGGCCCACCUCAGAACCAAAGAAUGCUAAAUAAAAAACGUAUUGGUUAGUUUA